GGGAGGGGGUUUAACCGCCACUUGCUUUGCUUUGGUUAGGGGUGAGGUUUCCUCCCUUAUUAAAGUCCAGCUUAUUUGGCCGUCCUGUGGUUAUUUAAUGUGAUUGUGUGUGUUGUCAUGGGCUCUUUCAUUGGCAAUUAUAGUCUAUAUUUCGUGUGCACUUCUUCUACUGCCUGACGGAGAUGUCCAAGAGGAAAAGAGAUGUGGCGUUUCUGAAACCAGCCGAACCAGCCUUCAUAGCGCGUAUGAAAGAACAAGCAGGCUACAAAGAGGGCCCUUCUGUCGAUACUAAGAGGGAAGCUUUGGCAUUUGAUGACGAAGAUAGUGAUGAUCAUGAUGACGAACAGCCUCAAGUAGUUGUUUUGAACGAAGGAGACCUCACUGCGGAGGAGGUAUCAAAAGCUAUACAAGAGAAGGAAGAAGGGCCUGCUGACUUAAGUCAACGAGUCGUUUUCUGUAAACCAGAAAAGGCUAAAAAGAAUUCACAGGAGCCUACAGAGGUGCCCCAGGAAAACUCAAAAGAAGCAAAGAAAAGCAAGGCGGAAGGAAAGCCAGACAAACUCAAGAACAAAUCAAAAUCCGAAGUUUCUAAGAAGGUCAAGUCAAAAUCAGUUCUUUCUUUCAAUGAAGACGAUGAAAUUGAGGAUUCGUAAAAGUUUCCAUGAGAACUAAAUUUUUUCAGUAUUGAAAUAGAAUUUUUGUUGUUAAACCUACAAUGAAUGCAAAUGAGGAUUA